AUGAGUCUUGAUGCACAAAAACUCGAUGGAAGCCAACGGCAACAGAUCAUGAUGUCCGUGCAGCAACAAUUGGCACUACAAAAUGCUCAGGAACUGCUUCAAAAAUUAUCUGAUAAAUGCUUCAAAGCUUGCGUUGCAAAACCCGGUAGUUCAUUAUCAAGUUCCGAACAGAAAUGUAUUACAUCAUGUUCCGAUCGUUAUAUGGAUGCAUGGAAUAUCGUCUCGCGAACUUAUGCUGAACGCAUAAAACGUGAACAAUUUGUAAAAAAGAAAAGAAUGCCAGUAGGACAGAAGAAAAAGGCGAAAUACAUCAAUGUGUUCAGCAAUGAAGGCAAAGAACGUACGACUGUUCGAUUGCCAGGGCGUAAUUCAUGUGAAUGUCAAGCAUCCAAACAUAAACUCAUCGGUAAUUGCCUUAAAUGUGGUCGAAUUGUUUGUGAGCAAGAAGGAUCUGGUCCGUGCUUUUUCUGUGGGAAUUUAGUUUGUACGAGAGAAGAACGCCAAUCGAUUCUAUCGGGCACACGUGAUGGAAAGAAACUCGAACAACAAUUAUUAGCGCGACAAGUUCCGAAUCAAGAUGCUUCGAAUUUAUCGAGUACAACUGAUCCAUCCUCGCAACUUUCGCUGAACGAUAUUGCGAAUGCAAUCGCAUUCAAAAAUAAACUGAUUGAAUUUGACCGAACGAGUGCACAACGAACGAAAGUUAUCGAUGAUGCAUCAGAUUAUUUUGACAGCAAUAAUAAAUGGUUGAGUACACAACAACGUGCGAAACUUGAAAAACUUCGAAAACAGAUGGACGAGAAGAAAGAUCCGAAAAACCGAAAGAUUACAAUUGAUUUUGCUGGACGAAGAAUAACGACCGAUAGUGGUGCAUCCAACGAUCGUUUUUACGACGAAGCACAAGCUGUUCAUGAAAAUGACCAGUAUGAACUAGAGAGUGAUCGCUCUCAGCAACAGCAACUUCCUAUUUGGGACGAGAACGAUGAUAAUGACCUAAUCAAUCAUAAUUUACCCGAAUCAUUAGAUGCUCCUCAAUGGGUCGAACAAAAAAGUUCUGAUCGAUCGACAUUAGCACCUAUUUCACAAACGACAAUCGAAGAUCGAGAUCGAGAACGUUUACGUAUUCAAGAUAAAGAACUAAUGCAGAUGGUUGAUGAUGGCAGAUGUCUCACAAUGCAUCAACCAUGGGCAUCUCUAUUAGUUCGUGGUAUUAAGAUGCAUGAAGGUCGAUCAUGGUACACAUCACAUCGUGGUCGAUUAUGGAUACACGCAGCUUCGAAAGAACCUGAUCCACAAACAGUUGCUGAAUUAGAAACGUUCUAUCGAUCGAGAAAUGACCGAGAACUUGAUUUUCCUACUGAUUACCCGACAUCUGUGCUGCUUGGAUGUGUUGACGUGAUUGAUUGUCUCGAUCGAGAAUCGUAUGAAGAACAGUAUCCGGGUGGCGAAUCGGAAUGUGAAUAUGUUUUUAUCUGUGAAAAUCCACAAGAAUUGAUGUUUAAACUACCGAUGCGAGGACAUCAGAAGAUUUAUAAAUUGGAUAGUCAGGCACAUCAAGCGGCGAAAAAGAUUCUUUUACGAAGAACUGAUUGA